AUGGUGCUCUCGCUACCAGUACCCAGCUUCGCCAGAUCCUCCGCAUCUCCGCCACGCCCCGCCGACGGCACCGCGCCCGCAUCCCGCCGACAUCGCGGCUCAGCCUCCUCGUCCAGUUCCUCGUCCAGCCGGAAUGCCUGGAAACCACCCGGCCUUGGAGGGGGAGCCUCGUCUUCGAAUAGCACCUCUAUUACACUGAGCGAGGCUCUGCGCAAUAACCCGUUCGGGAGCACGUCGCGGUCCCGCUCGGCUCAGGUCUCUGUCGAGGACGUCGAAGAGCAGAGGAGGGAGCAAGACGAGCUUAAUACAGCGCUGGAGACCCUUGCGCGAGUUUUUCCGGAUGUUAGAAUCGAGGUUUUUCGAGAGCUGCUCGUGAGAUUUGAUGGUGACAGCAGGCUGCAGGUCUGUGUUGAUCAGCUUUUGAGACAUAAGGAGAAGUGGGUUUCGGGGAGAUGGAAUAUUUCUUCAGGACAAGGCAAGGGCGAGGAUGGAGAUGCAGAUGACCGAGGUGACCGUCUACAGGCCAGGGAGGAUCUGGAUGACGAGGAGUGUCUGGUCCCUCUUGAAGAACGCUUUCGAUCGGACGAAUACAAGGCGAUGGUCCGGGCGACUUUGAGCAAGGAAUACAGCAGUCUGAGCAAGAGCGUCGUUGAGGCUGUGCUAGCUGAGGCGAAUUUCAGCUAUGCGCGUGCCAGACCGACGUUACGAGAUUUAUCACGUCGGACUUGGCGAGCUACGUUCAACAGCAUUCUUCCGUCGUUUCGGAAGAAGAAGGAUAGAGAGGAGCAUCUGCUUGUGGCGUGGCAGCGAGGUCCUGAUGGCGAGUCCUUGCCCCGACUGAAGGAAACUGGUUGCGUGGAGCUGGAUGCUGAACUAUAUGACGCACUCGUGGCUCCUGUAUUACAACAGCGACGCGAGGAGCAAGAGCUUGGUGACUUCCGAUUUGCCGCUUCUAUCAACGAGAAAGAGGCUCGAGCUGCCGAUGCUCUCUAUGAGUGCGAGUGCUGCUUCGGUGACGUGACCUUUGAGGAAAUCGCGACUUGUUCGGCCAAUGCCCAUGUCAUUUGCUAUCGAUGUAUCCAACGGACUACCCACGAAGCCUUGUUUGGCCAAGGAUGGGGCAAGUCUGUGGACUUGGAACGUUCUACGUUAAAAUGCCUAGCACCAUUGUCCAUCGGAUCCUGUGAUGGUUGUCUUCAUCCACUGGCUGUCCAACGGGCCAUCUUGCAGGAAACAGCUGGCAUUGAGACGCUACGAAAGUUUGAAGAUCGCUUGGCAUCCGAGGCGCUUCUCAAAUCUCAGCUCAAGCUUGUCAGAUGCCCGUUCUGUUCCUACGCCGAAGCCGACCCGAUCUAUCAUUCGGUGCCUGUUGGCUGGCGCAUACGUCGCGAUGGUGAUGUUGUUCCAACUAUCCUUAUGAUACUCCUCAUCCUCGACCUUGUCCCGAUCCUUAUCAUCCCCUUCUUUGUCAUCCUUAUCCUAAACCCAUCCUCCCUCACUGCCGUCUUUAAAACCGCCAUCCGACACCUCUGCCUCAAAAUCCGACCCAAGCGAUUCACAUGCGCCAAUCCAACGUGCAAACGCAUUAGCUGCAUGACCUGCCAAAAAUCCUGGCGCGACCCCCACGUCUGUCAUGAACCCCUCCUAACCGACCUCCGCGCCACUGUCGAAGCUGCUCGCACAGCAGCCGUGAAACGAACCUGCCCCCGCUGUGGUCUAUCCUUCGUCAAAUCCUCCGGCUGCAACAAACUAACCUGCGUUUGCGGCUACUCGAUGUGCUAUCUCUGCCGCAAAGCCCUCGGACCACCCCUUCAACCCGCCCGCCGCAAUGCGCGUCCCAGAGACCAAGAUAUUUUCGACGGCCCAGCCGACGACCUAGAUAACGCUAUAAUGAACGACAUAUCGGACGACGAAUCUGAGGAACCACAAGGCUACAAACACUUUUGCGAACACUUCCGUAUAAACCCCGGCUCCCGCUGCACGGAAUGUAGCAAAUGCGACCUCUACCAAGCUGAAGACGAAGAAGCCGUUGCCCGACGCGCAGGCGAAAAAGCAGAGCGCGAAUGGCACCUCCGGCACGGCGAUGUCGCUUCCAGCAGCGAACCUGCCAUUAGCCUUCGUAAUAUCAAUCAAGACCUCUCUGCCGGUACCGAAGGCCCUAUAUCCCGCCGCGUCUCCAAUACCCUGUGGGACCUCAACUUCCCAGCACCAGGCAAUACGUGGACUUACUGGCUAGCUGAUGUGUGGAUGGACGGGCGGUGGAAACGUGAAGGCCAAGUUCUGGUCAAUUGGAUCGUGGAGCGCACUGUCGUGAUUGAAGACGUCUAG